AUGCGUCUCACUCUCUCGGCGACUCUCGCAGUAACCUUGCUUGCCCAGAUCAGCAAGGCAAACUGGCUCGUCGACUUCUACGAGAAAGGCUGUCCUGCGCCCGACGGAUCGAACGACGAGAACCUGGACAUUAUCUGGGGCACGGCCGGCCAGCCUGGCCAAGAGCUUUGGUGUAUCGCCGUCGCUGGCGGUCGUACAGCAAUUGUCCGGGGCAUCGAAACCGAUGGAAUGAAGGUGGAUAUAUUUUCGGAACGGGGGUGCGAUCAUACCAAGUACAUUGAGACGUGGACUGAGGACGGCUGUUAUGCGGUCCACGAGGGUGUCGAUGUUCAAGCUGUGAGAGUUCUGCCCAAGGGAUCGUGA